AUGGCAGGUCUAAUGCACAAAUGGGAGCUAUCACCAGAGCCAGCUACGUUUGCGUCCAGCAACCGUUGGUCUAACAAGGACAUGGAUGUCGUCCCCGAGAAUAAGAGGACCUGGGGUCGAACAAGCUGGGUUCUGUAUUGGAUCAGUGACGCUCUCAACGUUGCCUCCUAUGAGUUAGCGUCAAGCAUGCUUGCCGUUGGACUCUCCUGGCGUCAAGCACUUCCUGCCAUCGCUGUGGGACAUAUCAUUAUUGCAGCGGCCAUUACAGGAAACGGUGCCAUCGGUGCAACGCUUCAUGUCCCCUUUCCGGUCAUCAAUCGCUCGUCCUUUGGCUUUUACUUUUCUUAUUUUAGCGUCAUUAGCCGUGUUGUCCUCGCCAUGUUCUGGUUUGGCAUACAGACGUAUACAGGAAGCGAAUGUGUCUAUCAAAUGCUCAAAGCAAUCUGGCCUUCGACGGCUCGCAUCCCAAAUCACAUUCCAGAAUCCUCGCACAUUACCACAGUAGGGCUUAUGUGCUACUUUCUCUUCUGGCUCUUCCAACUCCCCCUCUUGCUUAUCAGCCCACAAAAAGUACGCUAUCUCUUCUGGGCAAAGGCUGCCAUCGUUCCGCCUGCGUUUCUUGCAAUGAUGAUCUGGGCGUUUGCUACAACGGGUGGUGGAGAGAUCUUUGCGCAAAGAGGCACACUCCAUGGAUCCAAACUGGCGUGGGCAUGGCUUGCCGCCCUUAAUUCGACCUUGGGCAACUUUUCUACAUUGGCUGUCAAUAUCCCGGACUUUACACGCUAUUCACCGUCUGUGAAAGCACAGAAUGUGCAAAUGAUUAUCAUCCCAAUCGCUUUCACCUUUUGCGCCUUUGUCGGUAUCGCAUGUACGUCUGCAGGGUAUGUCCACUAUGGAGCAUACUAUUGGGACCCGCUCCGCCUGAUCGACAAUUGGGACAAUCGUGCCGCGUCCUUUUUUGCGGCAUUUGCAUUCGCACUCGCCACCGUCUGUACAAACAUUUCGGCCAAUUCAAUCUCGGCUGCCAAUGAUUUGACGGCACUCUGUCCGCGAUGGAUCAAUAUUCGUCGUGGACAGGUGCUUUGUGCACUCAUUGGUGGUUGGGUCAUCCUACCCUGGGAGAUUCUCGCCACAGCCAUUGGAUUCUUGCAGUUCAUGGCGGGCUAUACCGUGUUUCUGGGUCCUAUUGCCGGGAUCAUGCUCGCCGAUUAUUAUCUCGUCAAACGUGGUCGAAUCGACGUUCCAGCUCUGUACAAACCAAAGGGCAGGUAUCGGUAUUACGGCGGAGUGGCAAGUAAUUGGCGCGCUGUUGUCGCGCUUGUGGUCAGCGUUCCGCCCAACCUGCCUGGGUUGAUCAACGCCAUCAACCCAAAGAUCAAUGUUCACGGCGGCAUCUACCCAUACAAUAUUGCAUGGCUUCUCGGGCUGACGCUCGCCGCAACGGUGUACACGCUCACAUCCAAAGUCUGGCCUGCGCAUGAGACUAUCAUCCCAGAUGCUAUCUUUGACGAAUCCCACAGACACGAUUCCAAGGCUGAUUCUCAUGAAGGUAGCGUCGACGACAAGGAGAAGGGCGCAAAGACCACCAUGACUGAAGUCUGA